UUACUUCAUCUGCCCAGCAUCUGAAUAUUGUGCCUACAAUCUCCUCCUCAUCUCUUUGGAAAUGGAACCCCUUCUCUUCCCAACUAUGCCUUUGAUUUUAAUCAUGACAAUAAUCUUCCUCUGCCCUCCUUCGUUUGUGUCUGCCAAUGAUGAGCGAUAUCAAAACUGCAGCUCAACAUUUCAGUGCGGAAACAUUACAAAUAUUGGCUAUCCUUUCUGGGGUUUGAACCGACCUGAUUAUUGUGGCAACCCCAACUUUAGGCUUAAUUGCAUUGACCAAACGGCCGUGAUCACCAUCAAGAAUUUAACUUACCAAGUGCUUGAAAUCGAUAGCGUGGCAAAGAAUCUUACGGUUGCCAGAACAGAUUACAUAGGAAGCAUCUGUCCUAACCUCCUUAUCAACACCACUUUGGAUUUUGUCCAUUUCAGCUAUGCUUCUGAUAUUCAGAAUGUAACUCUAUAUUACGGUUGCUCCUCCCCUUCAACCACGAUUGGCAUUGCAGGGUUUUCUCCUCAGUUUACAUGUAAAUUAAACGACACGGAUAUCAAUGGUUUCUACGGGACGAGGAACAUUGAUCUAGGUAAUUCUACAAUAAUCAAUCUCCUGAGGUCGUGCAACAAUAGCGUUGUCGUUCCAGCAACUGAAUCAGCUAUUAACUCUUUAGAGAAUAGUCUAAUAAGUCUAAACGAGGAGAAUUUGGUUACAGCUCUAGAGCAAGGUUUUGGAUUGCAAUGGCAAGCAAACAAUUCCGUUUGCGAGACGUGUAAAAUUUCCGGUGGGUCGUGUGGUUACAACACAACUACUAAUUCAUUUGCUUGUUAUUGCACUAAUCAGACUGAGUCUGAGCAGUACAAUUGUGGACGAUCUACAACAAAUCAACCCGAAUCAUCAUCAGGGGGCAAAUCUCGUAAAGUUUCACUUAAAAUAGGGAUUGCAAUGGCAGCUGCCACUGCUAUCCCCAUUUUUUUAGGAUGCUACUAUUGUUUCAAAAGGCAAGUAAUUUGCAGUGACAAAACAAUGACAUUGCAAUGGAAGAAUGCAAAACAAGAAGAAAAGAUAGAGGCAUUCAUUAUGAACUAUAAUUGUCUCAUGCCAAAGCAAUAUUCAUAUUCAGAUAUAGAGAAAAUGACAAACUCAUUCGAGUAUAAGCUAGGUGAAGGGGGAUUUGGAGGUGUCUACAAAGGAAAGUUACCAGAUGGUCGUUUUGUUGCAGUAAAAGUCCUAAAUAAGGCUACACCUAAUGGAGAAGAAUUUAUUAACGAAGUUGCAAGUAUUAGUAGAACCUCCCAUGUAAACAUAGUUUCCCUUUUGGGAUUUUGCUACGGAAGGACUAAAAGAGCAUUGAUCUAUGAAUACAUGCCAAAUGGAUCUCUAGAUAAGUUCAUAAAUGAUCAAUGUUCUGAGCAUAACAAAUGCCGGUUAGAGCAGAAAAUAUUACAUGAUAUUGCAAUUGGCAUUGCUAGAGGUCUAGAAUACUUACAUCGUGGUUGUAAUACCAGGAUCGUGCAUUUUGACAUAAAACCUCAAAAUGUUCUCCUAGAUGAAGAUUUUUGCCCAAAAAUCUCAGACUUUGGUCUUGCAAAGCUAUGCAAGAGAAAGGAAAGUAUAGUCUCAGUGCUGGGUGCGAGAGGGACUCCAGGAUAUAUAGCUCCAGAAGUAUUCAUGAGAAGCUUUGGUAGAGUUUCUUACAAGUCUGAUGUGUAUAGUUAUGGAAUGAUGAUUCUUGAAAUGUUUGGAGGAAGAAACAAUAUUGAUGUUGGAGCAUCUCAAAGCAGCGAAAUGUAUUUUCCGGAUUGGAUUUAUAAGCAUCUUGAAUUGGGGCAGAAUUCUAUUCUUGAUGAGAAUAUAACAGUCGAGGAAGCAGAGAUAAUCACCAGAAAGAUGUACAUUGUGGGUUUUUGGUGCAUUCAAACCAAUCCCUCAGAUAGACCAUCAAUGACAAAGGUCUUAGAGAUGCUGGAAGGUGGUCUUCAAUGCUUGCAAAUUCCACCAAAACCUUUGUUACUUUCUACAGCUACACCCCUGAAGCACUCCACAACAGCACAUCUGUGGUCACAAAGCAAUGCAGAGGUGGUUUUGUCAUUAACUGAAGUUGAAUUAGCACCCAAUUCAAAACUGUAACUGGUUAUUAAUAUGCAACUUUAGGAUUUGAGAUGAAAAACAUGGAUUUAUCUGGUGUUUCUAAGAGCUUAAAUAAGACUACUGUUAUCUUCCAA